UGCAAGCAAGACGAGUGUUUUUAUAACUGUUAAAUAAAAAAUCAAGCUCAUCAAGAAUUUCUCAGCAUCACAACAGAGUCUCUGCCAAACACUGAUAUGGCUUCUCCUAGCAGUCUGCUGUCUGAAGAUCAGUUCCUGUGCUCCAUCUGUCUGGAUGUGUUCACUGAUCCUGUCAGCACACCAUGUGGACACAACUUCUGUAAAAACUGCAUCACUGAACACUGGGAUACCACUGACCAGUACCAGUGUCCCACAUGUGCAAAGCUUUUCCACAUAAGACCUGAACUGCGGGUCAACACUUUCAUCUCUCAGAUGGUUUCUCAGUUCAAGUCAGCUCUGCAGGAAGCCAGCAGCAGCAGCAGCAGCAGCAGCAGCAGCAGCAGCAGCAGCUCGGAUCAACAAGAGUCCAAACCAGGAGAAGUUCCCUGUGACGUCUGCACUGGAACCAAACUGAAGGCCCUGAAGUCCUGCCUGGUGUGUCUGGUCUCCUACUGUGAGACUCACCUGGAGCCUCAUCUGACAGCUUCAGGCCUGAAAAGACAUCAGCUGAUCGACCCUGUGGAGAACCUGGAAGCCAGGAUGUGUACGAAGCACGAUAAACCUCUGGAGCUGUUCUGUAAGACCGACCAGACAUGUGUCUGCAUGCUCUGCACUGUUUUAGACCACAGGGCACAUGAGUUUGUUCCUCUGAAGGAAGAAUAUGAAGGAAAGAAGGCCGAGCUGGGAAAGACAGAGGCUGAAAUUCAGCAGAUGAUCCAGAAGAGACGACUAAAGAUUGAGGAGAUCAAACACUCGGUCACCUUCAGCAAGGAAAAUGCAGACAGAGAGGUAGGAGAAGGUGUUCAGGUCUUCACUUCUCUGAAGGAGUCUGUUGAGAGAGGCCUGAAGGAGCUCAUCGACACCAUCGAAGAGAAGCAGAGAACAGCAGAGCAACAGGCUGAAGGCUUCAUCAAAGAGCUGGAACAGGAAAUCUCUGAGCUGAUCAAGAGAAGGACUGAGGUGGAGCAGCUCUCACGCUCUGAAGACCACCUCCGUCUUCUCCAGAGUGUCCAGUCCCUGAACAUCCACCCUCCACCGACCAAGGACUGGACCAAGAUCAGCGUCCAUCCACCUUCAUAUGAGGGGACUGUGGUGAGAGCUGUGGCUCAGCUGGAGGAGACGCUCAGUAAAGAGAUGAAGAAGCUGUUUGAGUCUGAGCUGAAGAGGGUCCAGCAGUAUGCCAUAAAUGUGACUCUUGAUCCUGAUACAGCACAUCCUGAACUCAUCCUGUCUGAUGAUGGGAAACAAGUGAAUCAUGGUGACAUGAAGAAGAAUCUUCUAGACAAUCCAGAGAGAUUUUCUGCCAGUCUCUGUGUUUUAGGAAAGCAGAGUUUCUCUUCUGGCAGAUUUUACUUUGAGGUUCAGGUUAAAAAGACUGACUGGGAUCUAGGAGUGGCCAGAGAGUCGAUCAACAGGAAGGGGCUGGUCACACUUAGCCCCGAUGAGGGUUACUGGACUAUAUGGUUGAAAAAUGGAAAUGAGUACAAAGCUCUUGAUGACCCUUCAGUCCGUCUCUCUCUGAAGUCUCGGCCUCAGAAGGUGGGGGUGUUUGUGGAUUAUGAGGAGGGUCUGGUCUCCUUUUAUGACGUAGAUGCUGCAGCUCUUAUCUACUCCUUUACUGGCUGCUACUUCACUGAGAAACUCUUCCCAUACUUCGAUCCUGGGCUUAAUGAUGAUGGUAAAAACUCUGCCCCUCUAAUUAUCUCUCGUGUCAAUGACACUAAGUAGACUAAAAACUUUUCCUUCUACAAUACUUGGACUCAUGAUCAAGUCAUGGGUUUGAUGAUUUCAUCCUCAACUUGAAAAAAUCCACUCAAAUGUCCUUUGACUUUAUUUGGUAAUGAGACUAAUGUCUUGAAAGACUUCCUCUUCCCUAGGCUAAACAGGAAGACUCUCAACCGGACCAACAGCACAAGAGGCAGAGAAGACUGUGGGCACAGUUGAUGUCAUGGCAUGAUUUGUUAUUAUCAUUUAUAUUCCAGCAAACAUUUUGCUGGAAGCACAGCUGUACGGCAUCACUGAUGGCUUCAUUAGUACUGAAAUACAGCUACUAAUUGUAUUAGUCACACCUGUCAAAAUGUCAACAAUAAGAAAGGUCUGUUACAUUUAACUUUAGGUAUUAACAAGAAUACAAUUCAUAAAUUAAUAUUCUGCAUAGCUAAUCAGCUAUUUAGUGUGAACUAGCUACCAUAAUUUAAAAAGCUUCGUGCUCCACUAGCCUUGCUUCCACGUGUAUUUUCAGAGGGAGCUUUACUUUUAUCAGCCUGUUUGAAACAGGACACUAGGGGUUUUCAUUUCCAAGCUAAAUGGAAAACGGUAAAACGCUAAACGGUGUUGACUGAUGUUCUGGCUGGUAAAAGUUAAUGUUUUUGAGUACUAAGAAAAUAAUAAUUGUUUUUUUAAAAUGAUGUUUGCUUAAAUUUAACUGACCAGAACAGCAGCAUAUUCAUAGCAACUCCAAGGUUCAUCAUUUUAUUGCCGAAACAGGUUUUAUAUGAAUUAAUAUCACGUAUAUGACCACAUACUGUAUGUUUGCACUAUUUGAUUUGUUUAUUGUUAAGUUCAGCUGCACUUGCUAAAGUCUUUCAUAUGUAAUUGCACUACAGUUUGGGGUUUGUUCUAUAUGUGUAUUUAUAUAUGUUACAAUUGAUAGUAUUACUAUUUCUCUACACCUAUUGGAUGAAUUGGUAUUAAAGUUUGUACAGACUGUCUUGGUUCGCAGAAGAUGGAUCCUACUGACUUUGGUGAACCAGAAUUUUCCUCUGAAGCCAUCACAAGGCUGAUAUUUGUGGUUGAAAUAUAUUGACAACUAUUCAGUGGAUUGCCAUGAAAUUUACAACAGAUAGAUCCCAAGAGGAUACAUUCUGACAACUUUGAUGAUCCUCUUUCUUUUCCUCAAGAGACACCAGAAGGUCAAAGUUUUCACUUAUGUUGUGAUACAUAGUAACAUCUACUAGACUGGCACAACAUUUGGUACAGACAUUCAUGGUUUCCAGAUGGUGUAUCCUGCUGACAGUUUUGCUAAUCAUCAACAUGUGAGCAUUCACUGUAAGCAUGUUGGUAUGCUGCUGUUAGUAUUUAGCUCAGAUCUGCAUGAAGAACAGCCUAACAGAGCAGCCAGCAUGGUAGUAGACUCUUGUUAUUUGAUACACUAACCUCUAUAGCUCUAUAGAGUUCUUUACUUGGGCUUUUCAUGGUUUAUGAACUUUGGUUGCCUGCCCCAUCCUGAUAGUUUCACUCGUGUCUAGUUACCUUCCCCUGACUUCUUUACUUGGUCUUUGCUUGUUUUAUGAACAUUGGUUGUCUGCCCCACCCUGAUUAGUUUCACUUGUGUCAAUUUAUUCUCCCCUCACUUCUUUACUUGGUCUGUGCCCGGUUUAUGAACUUUGUUUGUCUGCCCCAUCCUGAUUAGUUUCACUUGUGUCUAGUUGACCUCCCCUCUAUUAUUUACUUGGACUUUACUCAGUUUAUGAAUUUCGGUUAUCUGCCCGACCCUGAUUAGUUUCACUUUUGUCUAGUUAUCCUCACCUCAGUUCUUAAUUUGGUCUUUUCCCAGUUUAUGAACUUUGUUUGUCUGCCCCACCCUGAUUAGUUUCACUUUUGUCUAGUUAUCCUCCCCUCACUUCUUUACUUGGUCUUUGCCUGGUUUAUGAACAUUGGUUGUCUGCCCCACCCUGAUUAGUUGUAUUAGUGUAGUAUUACAAAGGAAAGAGGGUUGGGUCUGCAGUCCUCUUAGUGAGGUAUGUCAAAAAGAUCAACAAACAUUAAGAAAAAAUAGUGUGUAUUGAAUGUACUGAUUUGUAACUUUUGUCUGUAAGGUGAAAAGAGUCCUUGUUGUUCAUUUUUGAGGGUUUUUUGUGCCUUGACGCUAAGGCAAGUUGGAGAAACACGUUACGAGAUACAUACUUUAUACAAGAGAAACAAUAAAGGAAGGUAAAAAGCU